AUGGACCCCUCGCAAGCGGCCUCGAGCAAUGUGACCGGUAACGACCCCCCGAUUGAAUACACGGAUCCAUCGGGUCUAUUUCCUCAAAUCCAAUCCAUUAUUGAAUCAAAGCUCCCCCUGAAGAACCUCCACUGGAAAUCACCAACCCGCCCCGUUCGGUCAAUCGAAUCGCUCCGCAUCGGCUUCGUCUCCGCGCAGACUGAGAGUAUUGAACCUAAACAGUCUAGUGAUGGCGCCGGUACAGUGACACACAGGCGACACCAGAUCCCUGGCUUGCGACAAACUCCAUACCUGAAGGUCUUCCUCCUGCGCUGUGACGAUAACGACACCUACAAAGCUACGGCGCGCAAAACAUUACGCGAUUGGAUCAAGGCUCAGGGAGCAUCGAGCACUUCGCAGUCCACCGGGACUGGAACCGCAGGAAGUAGUCAAGAAAAACACGAUGCCUUCGAGUGGCUCAUUCUACAUGUGGUUCAGGACGGAGAAGGCGCGGACAAGACACCAACAACCACCUCGAAAUGGGGCCGGGGUACAACUACCAUCUUAGAGAAGGUCAAGGCCGACUUCAAUGGGUCGUCUAAGACUGCUGUGGAUCGUGUGGCACAGCUGCGGUUGCCCAAGGCCGGAACGACCAAAUCCCCUGAAUUGGCUGAGCAGCUGGAAGACUUGAUUGACAAGAUGAAGAAUGGAAUUCUAGCGUCUUUUGAUCUUCGUGUGGCCCAAUAUGAGGAAGACAUCAAGGAGAAGGAUUCCCAACGCAGUCUUCCCGGGUGGAACUUCUGUACCUUUUUUAUACUCAAAGAGGGUCUCGCACGUGGAUUCGAGAAUGUUGGUCUUUUCGAUGAUGCCUUGGUAGGGUAUGAUGAGCUAUCUGUCGGCUUGGAUGCGGCCAUUCGAGAUCAAGUCGAUGGAAAUGGUGGACAACAUGGUGGUGAACUUCUCACUUCCACCAGUAUUCUGAUCCAAGAAGCCAAAAAGACACUGGAGGCUGGCCCCGCUGUCGACGGUCAGGAUACUGAGCUUCCCGAGCUGCAAAUAAGACCAGAAGAUUACCCACUCAUUUCCACCAAACUGCCGUAUCGUGAAAUGAUUCUGGGAAGCAAUAUCUCUAUCUUCAACUUUCGCACCUAUCUCUUUUCUCGACAACUCGCUUUACUUUUACGGGCUGCAAGAGCUCCGUCUCUCCUUGGAAAUGAGACGCCAACCCGGGAUAAGAAACCAGAAAACCUCAUGCUGCUUUCUGAGAUUUGUGAGAGGUCCACGGAGUUCAUUAGUCUCGCCGCGCGAACCCUCCGUUAUGAUCUCGAGGCUGGGUUGGAAGACGUGGAAAACGAUGCCAAGUCAAACUUUAUCGACAAUACUGUUUCUUCUUGGGCGUACUCGGCGGCCCUGCAGAUCCUUGAUCAAACAUUCACUACCAGCCUUACAAUUCCAGAAUCCUCUCUCCAUGCAGUGGCGCAGGUUGCCGGUGCCUCGAGCUCCGGUGCGCUGACGACAGAAAGCCGCGCCGAGGUGCCUCGUCGGACUACAGGUCCCUCUCGCCCUGGUCGCCCGAUGACGCAGGAUAUGUCUGAUGUUAGUUCACUCCAGCGCAGAAUGACUUUGGAGCAUCCGAAGUCAGCUCCUGUUAUCACUCAAAAGACGGGCUCAGAGCAGCUAGCAUCUGGAAGAGGUGCACUGUUCCUAUUUGCCAGGAGAUCCCUCGAGGAAAUCGCACGCCGACGCGGCUGGUCGGAGAAAUGGACAGACCUUGGCCUUCUCUUUGAUGAUAGUCAUCGUUCUGGGGCAAGUGGUCUGUCAAACGUCUCCUUGGAUGAUGAUGGCGAAUCGAAGCCAGAGGAGAACAUAAAAACAAAGCAGUCUUCUCUGGUUGGCGUCGAAUUGCCAGCCUUAAAGGGCGCAUUGAAAUCCAAAGAUACAUACUUGUCUUCUUAUGAGAAUCUCACCGACCGCAUUAUUUGUCAUAAUAUGGCAGCAAGUCGUGCUAACUCUGCUGAACUCGCACUCGCCGAUAUCGCCAUCCUCCGGUUCCGCCAAGGUGAUUAUGAGACAGCUGCUUCAUAUUUCCAUCAAAUGGCUCCAUUUUACGGCAGUAAAUUUUGGACGGUCCUAGAAGGUAGCAUGCUCGAGCUCUAUGCGCGGUGUCUGAAAGAACUCAAACGCCAUGAGGACUAUGUCCGCAUGGUAUUGAAGUUGCUCUCCAAGUUCGCUUCAUAUUCGCAGUCGCGGCUCUCCGAAAAACAGAGAGCCCUUUCUACGCCGGCUUCAAUGUUAGAACAGGAACAGCUUUCUGAGUAUGUUUCUGAUCUUUUCCAGGGUCUGGGAUGUCUACAGAAGGACGUCACGACAUCUUUGGUUGAUUUCUUUGCGGACCUUGAAGUUGACCCUGCAAUCCGACUCUAUGAGGACAAGGACGGAUUUCAGAUCCAGAUGGGAUUGCGCUUUUUACUCGGACCACGAAUUGAGAUUGAUUCAAUCAAGGUUAGGCUGAUCAGUGCUGGCUCCUCCCAAAAUGCAGAGCACUGGAUUGAAGGAUCCACAAACUUUGUGAUUAAAUCUACGAAGACGAAGAUUCUCAUUGAUUCUCCGACUACUCUUCAAGGCAAAUAUCUCGUGGACCGGGUUGAGAUGAAAUCUGGAAACCUUGUGUUUGCAUUCAACAGCAACCAACAUUCAUACUUGCCGGUUGGUUUCCGGGAGACAGAUGAUGCAGAGGGCGCGGAUCACCGUCCAUACGUAUAUUGUUACCCUCCACCAGAUGGACUGCAGGCCAAGAUAGUGUCGCCGCACUUGAUCAAUUUAGAGGCUAUGCGUACUCUGGAGCUGGAACUCUCCAGUGGGCGAAAUGAAAUCAAAAGUGGCACCGUUCGUGUGCGGCCGGCGACAGCAGGACUCCGCCUUCGAAUUGCAGAGGCAGAAGUCGUGGAGGGUGCGCUAGAACUUGUGACAAAUAGUGAUCCCGGACUUAUUGAGUUUACGCACCUACCGGCUCAAUCAUUUGUGCGACUACGAAUCCCCUACACUGUGGAAGAAGCAUUCACAACGCUUUCCGCACGAGCAGAGGUCACAUAUGAGACCGAAAAGGGCCUAUUCGCUUCUUCAACGGUGCAUAACAUUGUUGCCACGCUCCCCAUAUCAGUCAACGUGCAGGACAUAUUCAAAGAUGAAAUCCUCUUCUCACGUUUCACAGUCAGCCCCGCUAUGCUGAUCCCUCUCCGAAUCACCAAUUGCAGCCUGCCCAGCUCCGAGGCCUAUGACGUGCAAUCUAGUAUCACGGGCCCCGUCGCGCUUGACGUUUUCCCAAAGCAGCCUGCGUCCCUCCUUUACAAGAUUCGUUCGUUGGAAAACGCGGCGGCUACAUCGACUGAUGUUCCUGCUCCGGGGAAGCGCAGUCUUCGUCUACGGGUUGACUUCACCUGCGUGGAUGACGAAUGUUUUGAUGCGAUUGAGAAGUUGUUUGUGGCCGCAAUUGAGUCCAGCCCGUACAGUCAAUAUGCAUCUCUACUUGCGUCACAUCUCGUCGGUAGUUUCCGGGCCCGACUUUCCACCUCGGACAUGGAAGUGAUUGGCCUUGUGAGAGAAUUGGAGAUGCUCUCGUACCGGACUGUGCGGUGGGAUGAAUUGUUGGACGGGCUCAAGGAGCGCACCGAGGAAGUGCGCCAGUGGCUUAUGGCGUGGCACGAGAGUAACUCUAUCAUUCGAUUGCCAACCCAACCCACUAUCCCCACCCGCUGUAUCAUCAUCCCGGUUGAAAUCCCCGAGAUUCAAGUGGUUCAUACGGCCGAGCUGCAGCUACAACUUUCGCCAGGGCUUGAUGGGUCCUCUGCUGGCUCCUUCCAUGCGGCCGUUGGCCAAAUGAUUCCAGCUGAGCUCACCCUUCGCCACACCCGCCGUUGGUGCUCCCCAACCACCCAGGAGUAUGCGGGGCAGCCCCUCGAAUGUUCCUACGAGGUACAUGCCAACCCUGAGCUGUGGCUCCUGGGUGGUCGUCGACGGGGUAACUUCCUCGCACGUGAUGGAGAAACCACCACCUUCACCAUUCUUCUCCUCCCCCAGAAGCCCGGUCAUCUCCUUCUGCCCGGCCUGGAGAUCCGGACAUUUGCCCCAGCGAAUUCGCAACCCCCCGUAGUCAAACCAGAUUCCACCACGGGAGCCCCCGCGGGGCCAAACCAGCGACAGCCGAUUCCCUGUGAAGUGGAUUAUCGCAACCACGGGGAGACGGUUCUGGUGCUGCCAGAUCUGCGCAAGACCACGGUCAGCCUCAGCGCUUCGGGCAGUCCCGGUGGGGCUUCGUGGCUGGUGGAUUCAGAGCGACGAGCUGAGGUGCACUGA